AUGUCAAACGACCCCGACCGUCAAGGACAGCAGCUUCCGCCGCCGCCACCUUGGAAUACUUCCCAGUCUGACUAUCCUUCUUCUCCCCAAUAUCCACCUUCCAACUCUCAAUCUCCAUAUCAAUACCCUCCAGCAGCCGGCGGAAUGACUGCGAUCCCGCAACAGCAUCCGCAGCAGGACCCGUACCGACUACCUCACCCACAUCCACAUGCGGCUCCUUACCAACGCCCACCAGACAUGUAUGGUGCACCUCCACCUGGUCCACCACCGGUCGUCUAUCAAGCGGCAGCCCCCAGACAACGAACAGCCAUAGCUUGCCGAUAUUGUCGUCGGCGUAAGAUUCGAUGCUCUGGUUUUGACACAUCCCAGGAUGGUCGAUGCAGUAACUGUGUCCGAUUCAACCAGGAGUGCAUGUUUACUCCAGUAUCGUCCCAGGCACAAGCAUUUGUGCCCGCACAUACCGCUUAUCCUCAUCUUCGUGCUACCCAGGGUGGCAGAGGACGGCCUGGUGAAGGCGUAGUCCUAUACGGUCCUCAUGGACAGCCUCUGCCACAUCAACCAAUUACCCAUGGCGCUCCAGAACAAACACUGCCACUCCCACCGGGCAUGUACCCACCGCCCUACGGGAGACCUGACGAUCGAACCGGUCUUCCGCCACAUAUGGCUCAUCCACCGCCAAUAAUUCAGAUCCGCCAUCCCACUUCUUCUUCAAAUCUGCUCUCAUACUCUUCUUCACAGCGUGCGCCUUCUCCUCGUCGUAACUCCGCAGGUGGGCCUGAGUACGGCGAGCCACCAACUUUGCCUCCCGUCUCCGUGGCCACUGCUGGUCCGAGUUAUGCAGUCCAUCCUGCACCCGCACCCGGGCCUUACUACGGUACAAACCAACAAGACCGACGUCUAUCCUCUCAUUCGUCUUACUCGUACGAUCCAUCCCAGGGCACCCCUCCACGUGCAGGUGCCCAUACUCCAACCACCAAUGCCCAUCUGCCAACACUUCAGCCCCUGCAUAACGCACCUUCGAUUCCACCAGCCAGAGAAGGCGGCCCGACCCCACCGCCGGGACAACCCGCCAUCCCAGGACGAAGUGGACUUAGCGUACGUGAUAUGCUAGGGCCCCCCGAAGGUCAACGCACCCGCACCACAACUGAUAGCGACAUGCUCAAUGCUCUCAAUCGGGGAGGGUUGAAUAAAUAA